CAAGCAACCCAGGGAGAGAGAGAGGGACAUUGAGAGAACAAGGAGGAGGAAGGAGAGAAAAUGGCGUCCACGGACUAUAGUACCUACAGUCAAGCUGCAGCCCAGCAGGACUACAGUGCUUAUGCAGCCCAGCCAGCUCAAGGAUAUGCACAGACCACCCAGGCAUGUGGGCAACAAAGUUAUGGAGACUAUGAGCAGCCUACUGAUGUCAGCUAUACACAGGCUCAAACAACUGCGAUGUAUGGGCAGACUGCGUAUGCAACCUCUUAUGGACAGCCUCCAACAGGUUAUACUACACCAACCUCACCUCAGGCUUACAGUCAGCCUGUCCAAGAAUAUGGCCCGGGGGCCUACGAUACCACCACUGCUACAGUUACGACCACCCAAGCAUCCUAUGCAGCCCAAUCUGCAUAUGGCACCCAGCCUGCUUACCCAACCUAUGGGCAGCAGCCAGCAAGACCCCAGGAUGGUAGCAAGCCCGCUGAGACUAGUCAGCCUCAAUCUAGUACAGCAGGCUACAGCCAACCCAGCCUAGGAUACGGGCAGAGCAACUACAGUUACCCACAGGGGCCCGGCAGCGACCCCAGGCAGCCAGUCACUGCACCUCCUUCCUAUCCUCCAACCAGCUAUUCCUCUACCCAGCCGACUAGUUACGAUGAGAGCAGUUACUCCCAGCAGAAUACCUAUGGGCAGCAGAGCAUUUAUGGACAGCAGAGUGGCUAUGGUCAACAGCCCCCCACGAGUGGGCCCCCCCAAACUGGAUCCUACAGCCAGGCUCCAAGUCAAUCUAGCCAACAGAGCAGCAGCUACGGGCAGCAGAGUGCCUUCCAGCAGGACCAUCCCAGUAGCAUGGGUGUAUAUGGGCAGGAGUCUGGAGGCUUUUCCGGAUCUGGAGAAAACCAGAGCAUGAGUGGCCCUGAUGACCCGGGCAGGGGAAGAGGGGGAUUUGAUUGUGGAGGCAUGAGCAGAGGUGGGCGGGGAGGAGGGGGAGGAGGACACGGUGGAAUGGGCAGCGCUGGAGAGCGAGGUGGCUUCAGUAAGCCUGGUGGACCUAUGGAAGAAGCACCAGACCUUGACUUGGGCCCACCUGUAGAUCCAGAUGAAGACCCUGAAAACAGUGCAAUUUAUGUACAGGGCCUGAACGAAAGCGUGACUGCUGAUGAGCUGGCAGACUUUUUCAAACAGUGUGGGGUUGUCAAGAUGAACAAAAGGACUGGGCAGCCGGUGAUUAACAUUUACUUAGACAAGGAAACCGGGAAACCCAAAGGAGAUGCCACCGUGUCCUAUGAUGACCCACCUACUGCAAAGGCUGCAGUAGAAUGGUUUGAUGGGAAAGAUUUCCAAGGGAGCAAACUCAAAGUGUCUCUUGCUCAGAAGAAACCUCCAAUGAACAGCAUGCGAGGUGGUAUGCCACCCCCUGAAGGCAGAGGGGUGCCUCCCUCUCUCCGAGGAGGUCCUGAAGGACCAGGGGGGCCAGGAGGUCCCAUGGGUCGAAUGGGAGGCAGAGGAGGAGACAGGGAAGGUUUUCCACCAAGAGGACCCAGGGGUUCCCGUGGAAACCCCUCAGGAGGAGAAAAUGUCCAGCACAGAGCAGGGGAUUGGCAGUGCCCUAAUCCAGGCUGCGGAAACCAGAAUUUUGCCUGGAGAACAGAGUGUAAUCAAUGCAAGGCCCCUAAGACAGAGGGCAGAGGUGGCCCCGGUGGCAUGAGGAGUGGCAGAGGUGGGCUCAUGGACCAUGGUGGGCCUGGCGGUAUGUUCCGAGGAGGCCGAGGUGGAGACAGAGGCGACUUUCGGGGAGGUCGAGGCAUGGACCAAGGGGACUUUGGUGGAGGAAGAAGAAGAGGCCCUGGGGGUCCUCCCAGACCUCUCAUGGAGCAAAUGGGUGGCAGAAGAGGAGGGCAUGGCAGGCCUGGAAAAGGUGAGCGUCGCCAGGAGCGCAGAGACCGGCCCUACUAGGUGCAGAAACCCCGCAGAGCUGCAUU